UUGGUUAAUAUGUCCUCGGAACUAAUAGCAACAGUUUUUGUUGCGAUAUCAUUAAGGUCUAUCGUAUCAAUGAGCUCCUACUCAGGAUUUAACAAGCCGCCGAUGUUUGGUGAUUAUGAAGCUCAGCGACACUGGCAGGAAGUUACAUUUAAUUUAGAAGUAAAAUUGUGGUAUACUAAUAGUACGCGCAAUGACCUACUGUAUUGGGGAUUAGAUUAUCCACCCCUUACAGCAUAUCACAGUUAUUUACUUGGCCAUGUAGCAGAGAAACUUAAUCACAGCUAUGUUGAAUUAUACAAGAGCAGAGGUCUUGAAUCAAAGGAGCACAAGAGCUAUAUGCGCUUUACAGUUUUAGCAGCGGACGCUUUCAUUUUUAUUCCUGCUAUAUUGGUUUUGUCUAUUUUUAUGGAUCGCACUUUUAAAAAAAACUUGAGUCAACAAAUGCAACUACUCUUCGCAAUAUAUCCAGGCCAAAUAUUAAUCGACAAUGGACACUUUCAGUACAAUAACAUAUCCCUUGGACUCGCAUCUGUAGCUGUCGCUGCUUUGCUGUGUGAUCAAAAUUACUUUGCAGCUUUUACCUUUACGUUGGCUUUGAAUUAUAAACAAAUGGAAUUAUACCAUGCCUUGCCGUUCUUUGCUUACCUCCUGAGCACAUCUCUAUUUGAAAAAAGGUAUAUUAUUAGAAUUAAGAAAUCAUUUUAUACCCUGCAUCCAUUGAAAAUGUGGAAUUAG